AUGCUGCGAAUGUUUGUCCGAACGAUGUGUACAUCGACGAUUAAAAACAAGCCGCCGGUUUCAGUAUUUGGUUUAGAAGGACGCUACGUGAGCGCCCUCUAUAGUGCAGCUCACCAAAAUCAUGAAUUGGAGGCUGUAGAGAAUAGUCUACGUGACUUCCAGAAAGUGCUGAUUCGGCCUAAGGUCGUAGAUUUCAUAGCAACAAGUCUUAUACCUCGACCAGUUAAGGCUAAGUUACUUAUGGAUAUCGGUAAAGUAGCAAAAAUGCCACGAACAGCAAUCAACUUCCUGGGCAUAGUAGCUGAGAAUGGUCGUCUGAAGCAUUUGCGUCGUAUGAUAAACCUGUACCAUACUGUGAUGGUCGCCCACAGAAAUGAGGCUCUAUGUGAGGUGAUCACCGCUGAACCACUAGACAAUCGUACCAAGCGUGCACUAAGGGAUAUCUUGCAAAAGUUUGUUAAGUCUGGCAAAAAAAUUCAAAUCACAGAAAAAAUAUCCGAAGAUAUCAUUGGUGGUAUUAUUGUCGGAUUUGAGAACAAACACGUCGAUCUCAGCAUCGCAAGGAGUCUAAACAAGUAUCGCGAAUUACUUAAACAGCCUGUAUAG